AUGGCGGGAGGUUAUAUGGAGUUAAACGGAUUCACAAUCCAAGUCCAUUACGCGAUUCAUUGGUCAUACGCUAUGAGGAAACCUCCCCUUCUCAUCUCGGCUCUCUCUAUUAUAUUCAGGCCUGCGGUUGUUUAUAUGUCAGUAGCAUCCGGCGAAUUUUCCAAAUUCUUGGAUCUUGGCAUUCAUUCCAUGCCAUGUGUUUCUGUUGUGAAUAACUUGUGGUCAAGACUUACUGUGUUUCACUGUGGUGAAAUUACAACAUUUAGAUUGUCUGUGAAGAACCAAAGAUUAGCUGAUAAUACUCGUUCGACUUUUGAGUUUCUCAGUCUUGAUAUAGACGAACCAAGGGACAAAGAAUCGCCUUCUGACGCAAGUUAUCAGCACAAUGAUCUAUCAUACCGAAUAGCACAUAAACUUGGACUAAACAACCAUGUCCGAGAUUCACCAAGACUGUAG